AUGGUUCAAAGCACUAGACAAUGGCAUGAGAAGUUGCCUUUUGCACUUAUAGGAUAUCGCACAACAGUGCGUACCUCGAUUGGUGCAACUCCUUAUUUACUGGCUGAAAUUGAAGAUACUGAAUGGGUCAAAACCCGACUAGAGCAGCUCACUUUAAUAGAUGAGAAGCGAUUGACGGCCGUCUGUUUUGGUCAGCUUUAUCAGCAAAGGAUGGCUCGUGCAUACAACAAAAAGGUGCACCCAAGACACUUUGAAGUAGGUCAACUGGUCUUAAAGCACAUUCUCCCGAACCAAGAAGAGGGCAAGGGAAAGUUUGCCCCAAAUUGGCAAGGUUCAUAUCUUAUCAAGGAGGUGUUGUCCAAAGGAGCCUUGCACCUUACUGAUGUGGAGGAAAAAAUCACAGGCAUAAUUGUUAAUGCAGACGCAGUCAAAAGAUACUACAUCUAA